AUGAGUGACAACGUACCUUUCUCCUCUAAAGAAUUUCAGGAUUUUGCCAAGGAAUAUGAAUUUACCACCGAGCUAAGCUCGCCAGAGUACGCACAGAGUAAUGGCAAAGCAGAAAAUGCCGUCAAAACUGCAAAGAUGCUAAUGAAAAAAGCGACUGAAUCUGGCAAUGACUUCUAUCUCGUGCUACUAGAAUGGCGAAACACGCCGUCUGAGGGAAUGGAAAGCUCUCCUUCCCAGCGUAUGUUUAGCAGACGAGCUAAAACACUGCUUCCCAUAUCGAAGAAGCUCCUUAAACCAAAGGUUGUCACUGGUGUCCAAGAAAAACUUCGAAAGAGGAAAGAGAUACAAUCAAAGUAUUAUAACAGAGGCACAAGGGAGCUAAGUGCAUUAAAGAAAGAUGAUGUAGUCCGGAUAAAGCCAAGAAAUUCCAACAGAACAGGCCGCUGGACCAAAGGAUGUGUCAUAGAGCAAGUUGGUGUAAGAUCUUAUAAUGUAAAAACCGAAGAUGGAAGAAUCUUCAGACGAAAUCGAAAGUUUCUACGUCAAACCAAAGAGCCUUUCUUUGCAGAUGAAGAAGAUUCAAUCAUUUUCCCCAGAAAGGAACGAGAAGCAGUGGCUCGACCUUAUGAAGAUCACCAAUCUGAAAUGGAGCAAUUUGAUCCGCAAGAGGCACCUCUCUCACGACCUGAUGCUACUGAAGAAAAGACAGCAGCCGCCAGACCUGCUGAGACCAGAUUUGAUCACAGGCAAUUGAACUUUUACCAGCCAGUAACGACAAGGAGUGGCAGGAAAGUGAUUCGGCCGGACUACCUCACUGGCCACAACUUCUGA